AAUUUUGAUUUAAACUCAUUUAUCUCACCACUGUUACUUCAACCUCAAAGAAAGGAGUAUCAGCAAUCCGAUUCUCAUGGCCAGAAAUUGUUUUGAAGUCAAUUCUUCUCUCUUACAUCCAACAUGGCUGACAUGAAAACAGUCCUACCUGAACCAGUGAUAGAACGCUUGGAUGAACCGGAAAAAGCACAUCAUGCGUCUACAGAGAAUUUGUCGGCAGAAAGCCGAACCCCUGGUGACGGCAAAAUGCUGAAACCCAUCAAAAAGCUUGAUGCUCUCAUUUCACACUUAAAUCGAUUGAUGCAUACCCGGGAGAGCCAUGAUGCUCUGAUCCUCUUUCUGGCCUACGCAGCACAUUUCCUGGCGACGGCACUCGAAACACCGAUUCCUGAGAGGCUUAAAAGUUGGGUUUUCGAAUGCAGCAAAAUCUUACUGAGGAUUGUACCGCCAAGACUGUUGUCACUCUUAUCAACUUCCAAGUAUUCAUCAGCGAUAAGGUCGUUGUCCGCCAACAAAACUCUGAUCGCCGAGCGAUUCAGGGCAUUGUCGGAUAUUCUAGACGACUGGCAGAUCAUUACCAGAUUAUGGGGCUUGUUAGCGACAUGGACGGAUGCAAAAGAAUUUCUGACCAGUUUCACAUCCGAGAACGAGAGCGAGGAAAAGAAAAGCAACCCACGAAGAUAUCUUGUUCAUAAAGCCAUAAGAGCUACAUAUAUCAUGGGACUCUUUGGUUACUAUGGCUUGGAAAACCUGGCGUGGCUUACAAGACGCGGUGUUUUCAAGUGGACAGACAAGACCGAGUCAAAGCUCAUGGUCUGGUCUCUCAAGGCUUGGGGUGUCUACGUUAUGUCGGAGAUGGCACAACUGCUAUAUGACCGAUCAGAAAGCAAGCGUACCGGAGAGGAGCAAGAUAAAGAGACAAGGGCAGAAUGGCGGAGGAAAUUUGUUCAGGUUCUGCUUUAUGGCCCAUUGACGGUUCAUUGGAUACGAGAAGGGGGACUGUUUCCGGAGACGAUAGCUUCCUUCUUGGCGGCUUAUACAGAGUUCAUAACGGUCAGGGGAUUAUGGAAAGAAACUGCUGAGAUUUGAAGAGGAUGGGCCAACUUACAGCUGGGUUUGAGGAAUCAAGAAUUCUAUAGUGUUGCAUUAGGUGGUUCAAAAGAAGGGCUGCGAGAUAAUGAUUGUCAGAAUAGUCAUGAGUGACAGCCUGUGAGUAGUCGAAACCGUUUCUGCUAUCUUGCCG